AUGACUCCGACGCUAGGCCUUUGCGGCUACCCUGGCUGCUCCAACAUCCGCAACUACAGCAACGGGACCUGUGUGGUCUGCCACCGGGUGCUCUGCAAUGGCCACAACAUCUCGGAAUACCAUGCCUGUAAAGCCCUCUCAGAGAGGGACUUUGGCAUAGCCGAUACGGCAGCGUUUCGUGGCGAACAGUACGCAGCCUUGGUCCAAGUGGCGACGGCCAACAUGCCUGCUGUUGCACUUGCCCUCCGCCCUGGAGCCAAGUCAUGCAGCAUGCCGCUUCCAUCCAUCGCCCAGCUGCCCGUGGAUGACGACCCAGGUCGCACCUAUGAGAGCAUUCAGUGGAUUUUCAAUGGUAUCAUGAACCUCCACACUAUGGCAACCUUUGAUGACGGCGUCAAAUGGCUUGCGCGCAUCCGUGCUACCGACGCAUACUCUAUCUGUCCAGAACGCGAGAUGCGGCGUCGUGUUCUCCGCUCCGAAGUCAUCACCACCAGGCUGCUCCACCAAAUCGACCCCAAGCUCAUCCCCAACGCCUACGGCCCGCCCACAGUUUUCAUGCAGGAGGCUCCGCUGCCCGACUACCUGUUUGUUGACUUUAUGGAAGGGGAGGUGAUCGAUGGGGAGAACCGUUACGACCCGGCGUACUGUGAGCAACCGUUGCGGGAUCUCGCCGCGCUGUUUGUCAAGCUGGCCUGCAAGCCCUUCGAGGGAAUCGGUAGCCUCCAAGCCAAAUCAGCAGAGGGCGAGCCAGCUGUUGGGCCUUUGUUUUCAGUGUGGGCCACGACAUACCCGUCAACCUACCCGCAUGGCCCGUUCCGCACCAACGCCGAGCGCUAUCUCACCGAGAUCGACCACAAGCUCUUGCUUGUGGAAGCAGGUCUGGAUGGCACCCACCAUCCCGUUGCUGAGAUGCUCUGGUAUCUCGAAGCUCGUGCCCUUGUGGAGGGAGACUCUGAGAUGGCUACUGUGGGGCCUACUUUUCUUCACCAUGGGGACGAGAAGCACGACAUCCUGCUCGCCAAGGACGGCCGUCUUUCGGGCGUCAUUGACUGGGAGAUGGCCUACACUGCGCCAUUCGCCGAGGCAUUCUGUGGCGAUUUCGUGGUGCACGCCGACUUUUGGAAAGGAUCCAACAAGCUCUUGUCCUCGCAACUGGUCCUCAUCGACGAGUUUCGUCGCCUCGGUCGGCACGACCUUGCCCAGGCGGUGAUUGGUGGACCCAAAUACCAUCGUAUCAAGUAUGCGCUGUGGGGUCUGGGACAAACUUUGGGACACGAGGAUGUCGUCAAUGUCUGGGCUUUGCGUUCCGCUUUCCUCGGUGAGGAAGGUGCCGGCCCAAUGCCCAGAAGUGUGGCCGAGUGGAUGGACGAUGCCAAGCGCCGCUUCGCCGACCACGAGGGUCUGCAGCGUGUCAUCGCCAUGCAUCCCGUAGAGGAGGAGAUGGCCUGUCAUGUCCAGGAGAUUGAUAGCCCAAGCCCUCAGGCUGCCACCGAUGAGGCCGGGUAUGUGGUCGACAAUGAAGACCACGACAAGAUCGGCAUCGUGGACGAGAAAAUCGCUCAGCUUGAUCUCUUUUCCAGCAGUCUUAAUGACCACAAUAGGUCCGCUGGUGGUGUCGAGGUCACUGCGAGGAGCGACAGCGAUAUCACUGCCCACAUGGCCGCCUGA